AUGGCCGACUGGCCUCCACAUCUGGCGUCGCUCCUCACACGCUUCCUCCCGCCCCCCUCACACUCGCCACUCGCCAACGAUGGGCGUGAGGGUGGUGAGGAGGGAAGGAAAGGGGAAGGGGAGGCAGAGGGGGAGUGGGAAAGCGAGGGGCAAAGGGAGGAUGGGCGCAGAGAAGACGGGGAACGUGGGAGAGGUGAGUGGGAGGGUGCAGCAGUGCGGGCAGUGGGUGGUGGGGAUGCGGCAGGAGGUGCAUGUGUGCAGCAAGGGCGGGAGGAGGGUGGAGAGCGGAGGGGCGAGGGAGAAAGUAGCGUUGCAUGGAGGCGGGGAGAGGGGAGAGGAGAGGGGAGAGGAGAGGGUGCUUCGCUGAGGCACGGCGGGGAGGAGGAAGGGGGUGGCGUUGGUGGUAGAGCCGGGCGAGGUGGUGGUGUGCGUGAGGGGGGUGGCACUGGCGCACAAGAGGUAGGGACGGUAGCAAGAGCAGCAGCAUUAGGAGCGGGUCGUGCUGUGGGCUGGUGGAGCGAAUUAGUGGGGAGCUGGUGGCGCAGGCGGGGCAGAGGAGAGUGCACAGUGGUGGAGGAGGAUGCUGACAGGCGGUGUGUGGUCCUGCUGACGUGUGAGGACACGGGGUGUGGCAUCGCAGAGGAGGAGCAGCGCGACGUGUUUCAGGCGUUCAUGCAGGCACACCAGAAGAGACAUGCGCAUGGCGGUAGCGGCAUGAGCCUUCACUUGUCUCGCCAGCUGGUGUCUCUGUUGGGCGGCAGCAUGGGUCUCAUCAGCACAGAGGGCAUCGGCACCACUCUUCACGUCGCUAUGCCCUUCGAUGUUCCCGCGCCUCCUGCUUCUGCCGCUGCUGCUAAUUCCCAUGCUGCCAGUUCCGUCCCCAGCGCGGGUUAUGGUGCUGGCUGGAGGGCCGCUCCUGGGUCCAGCCCCGUUACCAGACCGUCCCUUGGUGCUCAUCCCCUCCCCACCAACCUUCCUCUCUGCCCCGAUGCCUGGUUGCACCACGUGGUGGACGACAACGCCAUCAACCGCAUGCCAUCUCCGUUGCUCCAAUUCUCAUCCCCUCUCCACCUUAUCUGUUCCCAGGUGGUGGAAAACAAUGCCACCAACCGUUCUCAGCCCCUCUGCACCCCUCCCUGUACCCUUUCUAUCCACCAGGUGGUGGACGACAAUCCGAUCAACCGGCGGGUGGCAGCGAGCACGCUGGCGCGGUACGGGGCGGAGGUGGCGCUGGCAGAGUCGGGCGAAGCGGCGCUGCGCCUGCUGCAGGCACGCCACUCCUUCCGCCUCGUGCUCAUGGACCUCCACAUGCCCGCCCUGGACGGCUUUCAGACCACCGCCCGCCUGCGCGCCCUCGAGGCCGCCGCCCCCACGGCCCAGGGUCGGGUGCAGGGAGAACAGGUGGGUUGGCAGUGGCGACGGCGUGUUCAUGUGGUGGCCAUGUCAGCAGAUGUGGACAGCACUGUUGCCGCUCGUGCCACCGAGGCUGGCAUGGAUGGAGCCAUGCAGAAGCCACUCAAUGAGAGAAUACUACUGCAGGUGCUCUCAACACUAAAUAGUUUGUAA